AUACCUUGGAGUCAAAUGCAAGUUGCAACAAUCAAAUAAAGGGGCAGCGUGUUGCUGUAAUGUCGCAUUGAUCCUUGAGGAGGAAUCCUUCAGAAGGAAGCCUUAGACCUGACGUACUUCACCACCAUCCUUACACGCCUACACCCUUUCGCUCAGAGCUACUGUGAACAAAAAUACCCGUGUAUAAUGUGAACAAUCUUGCUUUAUAAGUUGCUUUAAUUGUUAUGUCGCCCCUCUAAAGGACAUCGAACCGCGGAAGACACCCAGGAUGACGCAGCCAACUAGGGCGUAUGAUGCCCUUUACGACCCUACCUUUACCGUGGCUGGGCCCCGCGACCACUAUCGUCAACAAACGUUGGGUGGAGGUUUUAACAUUGAGCGGGCGCCGGUAUACAAUAACUUUUUUUCGGAGCUGCCUCAUUACCCACCCUCAACGCUCAGGCUCAAAAACCUUGAUCGGCUGCCAGCGUUCGUGGAUCGUAACUUCCAUCCGCAGCCUCAUGAUCCAUCGGAUAUCCAGGAACGCAGCGACGCGCUGGCGGUAUCCGGACCGCACCGUCCCAAAUACUUCCGUAGGCCGCUGCUGGCCGCAGCCGAAAUCCAUGUCAAGCAGUCCCCGGGCCCCUUACCUCCCCUCCCUCAAUACCAGGACCUCAACGCCACAGCACCCGCAAUCAUGUCAGAACCCCGCAGCAAAACCAUUGGCACGCAGUCCGACUACCGUGAAAAUGAAGCGCAAACAGCGCCCUGGGAACCGGGCUACGUCAUCCCAGAGCACCCCACCGCCAAGCAGCAGGCCCUGAGUCGCCGCCACCACACAGAAGGCCCGGAGGUACUACAACUCCGCGACAUGACCUUUGGCGACGGCCUGCCAGCGGGGUUGCAGGAGGUGACUCGCAUCGACAAGAUGCGGGCCAAGCGCGCAUUUGAAGCAACGCUGCCGCCCAUCGAUGACGUGGCUCGGCUGCCGCUGCGUCAGAAGAUGAUUGAGGAGUGGGAGAGCCGCGAGUGGGCGGAGCGCGAGGAGGAGAUUCUGGAGGUGCAGGAGCAGCGGCUGGCGCUACUGGACAAUGCGUUGCAGGUUCGCGAGGAGGAGCUGGAGGAGGAGCACCGGCAGCGGGUGGAGGAGCGCAAGCAGGCCACGCUGGAGGCCAAGGCGGGCAUCUUCGCGGAUGUGCAGGCCACACGUAUCAAGACCAUGCGGCAGCUCAUCGAGAACCGCAAGUACGUGGAGAAGCACCGCAAGCUGCACCGCCCGCCCAUCGUGGAGCGCUACGCCAACUUUGGCAGCGGCACCUACGCGCCGCUGCAGCGCGAGGGGCGCUUCCCGGAGUCCAAGCCGCUGGGGCAGGAGAUCGAGACGGAGGGCUACGAGCCCAGCACGCUCAAGGGCGUGGUGGAUCUGGAGAACUUCCUGCCGGCCCGCCUGCUGAACCCGCGCAUGGAGGCGCCCAAGCGCCCCACCCGCCUCAACUACACCCAGCGCAAGGAGGCGGCCAUCCAGCGCGAUCUAAAGUCCAUCAACGACCUGCUCGACACCUCCAAACUCACAGCGGGCAGGGGCUACGGAGACUGCUGGCCGGCGCCGCUAAAGGACGAUGCCGGCGGGGGCGGCGGCGGCGCCAGCAGUGGCGCCGCUGGCGGGGGUGCCGGUGCUGCUGGCCCCCCGAUUGCGCGGACUCCCAGCAUGCCUGGCACUACCAAGAGCGUCGGAGGGCUCAGCAGCUACGGCGGGGCCGCUGCAGCAGCUGGUGGCGGCGCCGGAGGCGCCGCGGCUGCCGCCGCCGCCUCCGGCGCCGGCGCCUCCGCUGCAACCUCCAGCGGCGGCGGCAUGCUGGGCGGCGCGUCGCCUGCUCGGCGGGUUGUUCGUGCGGUGGAGCGGCCGCCCACGCCCGAGCUCCCGCAGCCCGCCACGCUGCAGCAGCCCCAGCACGCCGCGGUGGUGCUGCUGCAGCGGCUGCUGCGCGGGCGGGCGGCGCAGAACAUCAUGUACGAGGGGCGCAUGCGGCGGCAGGAGCUCAUCGACGAGCUGCGGCUGGCGGAUGGAUUGAGUGCGGACGGAAGGCGGCUAUACGGCAAGCUGAUCCGCCGCCCCGAGGACCGCGAUGCAGCCACCAUUCGCGUGGACGCCCUCAUGGGCUCCGCGGUUUCGGAGCUCUGCGCCAUCCUUUCCGAAACCGACCCCGACAAGCGAGAGGUCAUGCUCGCAGCCCUGGGCAUCUCCCGCACCCACACCGCCGCCGUCGCCGCCGUGGCAGCGGCCGCAGCCAGCAUCACAGCCGCCGUACAGGGGGGCGCUUCGGGCGCCGACGCUGCGUCUGUCGCCGCCGAAUCCGGCGACAGCGGCGGCGGCGAAGCUGCCGCCGCCGCCGCCGCCCGCCCCGCUGCUGCCGUCAUUGACUUGACCAGUCUUGGCAUCACCGUUGAUCAGGCGGAGGAGGCGGUGGUUCGCAUCCAGGCUGCGUGCCGGGGUCACCGAGCGCGGAAGGAGGUGGCGGCGAUGCGGGAGCGCGGGGAGGCGUUGCGGCGGCUGAUGGCUGAGGUGGAUGAGGAGAAGGUGGUGACCUGCCAGGCCGCCAUCCGGGGCUACCUGGACCGGAAGAAGGUACGGGAGCUGCGGGAGGAGAGGCAGCGGGCAGUGGAGGGUGGCGCUGCGGAGGAGGAGGAGGAGGAGGAGGAGGAGGGGGCAGGAGCAGCGGCAGCAGCAGGAGAGGAGGGGUCUGCUGAGGAGCAGGCGCCGCAGGAGUUCGACCCCUCAUCCUACACGGAGGAGCAAGUAGCGGCGGUCACACGUAUCCAGGCGGCGCAACGUGGCGCGCUGGCUCGCAAGCAGGUAGCAGCCAUGCGGCAACAGCUGCAGCAACCUGCUCUAGACGACGACGCUGCAGCGGCUGCGGAGGUACGGUCUGACUACACGGUAGAGCAGCAGGUGGCGGUGAUUCGCAUCCAGGCGGCGGGUCGGGGCUUCCUGGCUCGCCAGCAGGUGCGGGCGCUGCGGGAGGGACGCGAGCAGGAGCGGCUGCAGGCGCUCAUGCAGCAGCAGCUGGCACUGCAGAGCAGCGCGGAGGGC